CAGGUUCAAUGGAGGAAUAUGCUGUUCAAUGCACUUCCAAUUGAAAAGAGCUCAGUCAUUUUUACAAUCUCGUUUCAAAGACCACCCAUUGAUGAAGCCGUGGUCUGCAACGUACCGCGUCCACUCGACAGCAACGCGACCAUCCGACACUGCUGUGCCGAUGGACACCACCACAGCGGACGGCGCGACUGCUGCUCUGAUGACUGAGCAGCCACCCAGCCAAGCGGCUGCGAGUGAUGACGCAAAGCCGACGCUUCUGGAAGCGGCUCACCAUCAUCAGAUCCAGCCAACCGCCGCUUCCAAGAUGGGGUUCCCGGCAUCGCACUUGGACGGCUCGAUGCUGCUCCGCGGCGAUCGUGUGCGCUUGCCGCAGUCGGCGAUGGAGCAGCUCGCUGCGAGUGGCCAGCUGGGAACGCGCACGCGGCCGCUCAUGCUGCUGGCUGCCGCAACGCCGCGCGCACUGCAGCUGGCUCUUGCAGACAAGAAGCAAGACACCCAAGCAACUGGUGGCAGCAACAAGGUCGUCGCGUGUGGCGUCCUCGAUUUCGGUGCAGACAACGGCCAAGCCGACCUUCCGCGAUGGAUGGAACAAGCACUGCAACUCCAACACGGAGACUCCAUCUCGUUCGUCGUCGCAGAGCUGCCUCGAGCGGAAAGCUGCGAAAUUCAAGCAUGCGACUUGGCGUUUUAUCGACUCCAAGACCAAAGGGCUGCACUUGAAUCUGCACUCAUGACCCAGUGCACAACAUUGACGAAGGGCGAGCGCAUUCGUGUCGAGUACGAAGGGAGACUGCACACCCUGUUUGUCGUGGAUUUGCUGCCAGCCGAUCGAUGCUGCGUUGUGGACACGGACGUCGAAGUGAAAAUUUUGCGGCCAGCCAUCCCCGACCCUGACGCAGCUCAGCUCGAUCAAGCUGGGCCAACAGAAUUGCUUAUUGGUGGCAAUGUUUCCCUGAAUAUUUCCUCAACACACUUUACCUAUCUUCAAUUCCGCGUCGACGCUGCUGAUGCAACGGUGCAAAUUGGAUGUGCAGCGGUUGCUGAGGACUUUGAGGCGUACAUUGCACGAGUGACAGGAUCCACUCCGUCUCCAACGCGAGAUUGCCAUUUGCUCGCGCCAGACCACGACCGACUCUCGGCGGCGACCUUCACAAUCAAGGCUUCAGCUCACCCGGACGCCAUUGUUCGAACUGGCCCGUACAUGCUUGGGCUGCGCGCAUUGACUGCUGCGCCUUGCAUUGUUCAGAUCACUUACGACGUUGCGCCGACGCCGGAUGGUCCCGCAGCAGCCGUUGCUGACGCAAGCGAUCGCGUUGUUUGCAAAAAUUGUCACCAGGCCGUUCCGGCUGCUCGGCUUGCACUGCACACUGCAUACUGCGAGCGCAACAACAUUGCAUGCUCGACUUGUGGCAAGGCAUAUCUGCGAGCGCAGCCUGCGCAACACCAGCAUUGCACCAUCUGCCAAGAGCUGAGCACCUCCGAUGCUGAAAGUGCCAAGCACAUGCUUUUGCGACACACUCCCAUGCCAUGCACCCGAUGCUCAGCAGUGUCCUUGCCGAUGGCAGAGCUCCAAGAGCACCAUCGUACCGACUGCACGGAGCGCAUGGUGACUUGUCGCUAUUGCCACAACUUGGUCCGUGCUGGUGCUCCUGCAACCGACCUUCAUGCCCGUUACCGUGGUCUGACCGAGCACGAAAGCUAUUGUGCCGGAAAGACAGAGACCUGCCCCGAUUGCCGGCGUCCCGUCAAGUUGCGCGACUGGGAUUCUCACCGUCAGGUGCACGAGUUUGAUCGCAACCAGCGCAAUGGCACUGCCUUGAGUGCGAGCAACAGCACUGGGAGCAACUCUGGCAGCAGUGGCAGCAAUGGCAGCAGCGGCAGUAGAAACACUCCGUCCUUCUCCUGGACGUCACCCACCGAUCCGGCAGUUGUGCGGGCGCAGGCAGACCGUGCCCGCGCGCGUCUGUUUGGCCAGAUUGAUCCAGAGUUUGCAGGCACCGCGUCAGCAUUUGGACAGCAUGACGAUGAUGAUGCGGAGGCAAUCAUCCGAACAAUGCAGUCCGCCUCCGACCAACAGGAGCGACUUGUUCGCGAGCAACAACAGCUGGAAGCUUCCAUCAAAGCACGGGCGCGCCCGAUCAAGCCUGUGCUCUGCGACAAUUAUCACUGCAUGAAUGUACUCCCAUCCUCCUCGUCAACGGCGGCAACUGGAGGUGACGCCAUCGCUGCCGCCAUUGCGAGCGGCACAGGACUUUGCCAAACGUGCUACAACAUCCUCGCCACCGUCGACGCGACCAUCACACCCGAGCCGACGGCUGUGCUGCGUGCCUUGUUCAAGUUAUCCUUCUUGCGCAUGACUCAGCCUUGUCCAUGUGCAUCCUGCGUCGCCCUCCCGCGCUGCUGCACUGUGCACGACUUGUGGGCGAAGACGGACGGCUCGGCCACGGCUUGUGCCGCUGCAGCGCUGGAACUCGCUCGAAAGGCGUUCGACCCGGCGUACACGUCUACUUGCGAUAAAAUUUCCUCCUUCCGCUAUUUAAUCUGCGUGGAUCCCGGCAUGGAGGAGCAGUACCAGCGCGCUUGCGCCCUCGCACAGCUUGCGGGUGUUGGUUUGCCAUGGGCGUCCUAUGCCCUUCGGCUUCACAGCAAUCCCGACCGUGCAGCCAUGUUUUUGUUGGAUUCCGCUCCUCAGUUUGCAAAAGUUUGAUGCGCGGGCACUCACGUGCUGCUCGAGGAUUUUGGAAACUUUGUAUCUUUUACGCACAAUGUAAUCCAUUUGUUUUAGCAA